GUUGACUGUUAUGACUUUCAAAACAAAUGGACGGGUUGCGGAAGGGGUUUUUGAUUGUGCGGAAUGUUUUCUAUAAUUGAAUUACUAAAACGCUUUGAACAUCUUGAUGUAAUAAAUGUCAAUAUUGCCUGUCUAGCUACUUAAGUAACUGCAAAAUGUCAACUGAAAACGGUAGGGAGGCUCCGAAAGAGGCGUUCAGGAUUCCUGGCCUGAGAGGAGCGAAGACCACUACGCUCUUCCGAGCUGUCAACCCAGAACUUUUUAUUAGACCAAACAAGCCUGUGAUGGCUUUUGGACUUGUGACAAUCACUUUGUGUGUUGGCUACCUGGGCUAUCUUCACGCCACCAAAGAGAACGACCAGGAACUCUAUGAAGCUGUUGACAGUGAAGGGGAGAAAUACAUGAGGAGGAAAACAUCUAAAUGGGACUGAUUAUCAUCACAUCAGUUAGAAACAUAGUCUGGAAGUAGCUUGGGUUAAAAUUACUUGGUCAGGUGUAUAAAACAAUUAUGGUUAUUAAAUAUUGUUACAACUUGGAAAUAUGUAAUGUCAGUUUACAUAAAGAGUAAAGGUUAUAUGAAAGAGGAAUGAUUGAAUUACUCAAUGAGCCAUUUGCUUUCCCAGUUGCAUCACCAUUUUCUUCAUAAUUUGGUCUUGAAUUCAUUGUUUUCUUAUUGCGAGGAACAUUUUAGUAUUUCAAAACAAAUAUAAUUAAAGCAAUAUACCGCCC